AUGGGAAUAUUUGAUGGAUUGCCUGUGUCUCCAGACAAGGAAUAUCUGAGGGAAGAGAUAUCAAGAAUAGAUGAGAGCUGGGCUGCAGCUCGUUUUGAUUCAUUACCUCAUGUUGUUCAUAUUUUGACAUCCAAAGACCGUGAAGGUGAAGUCGAGUUUCUGAAGCAGCAAAGUGAUGUUGUUGAGGAGGUUGUGGAUGAAGUUGUACACCAUUAUCACAGCGGCUUCAACAAAGCAAUUCAAAAUUAUUCUCAGAUCUUGCGGUUGUUCAGCGAAUCUACCGAAAGUAUUGGUGUCCUGAAGGUUGAUUUGGGUGAAGCAAAAAGGCGUCUUAGUUCUCGCAAUAAACAACUGCAUCAGUUAUGGUACCGGUCGGUUACAUUGCGCCACAUAAUCUCCCUAUUAGAUCAAAUUGAGGGAAUAUCCAAGGUUCCAGCUCGUAUAGAGAAGCUCAUUUCCGAAAAGCAGUAUUAUGCUGCAGUUCAGUUUCAUGUUCAGUCGAUGUUGAUGCUUGAACGUGAGGGGCUUCAGAUGGUUGGUGCCCUUCAAGAUGUUCGCUCUGAGCUAACAAAGUUGAGAGGACUUUUGUUUUACAAAGUGCUUGAGGAUUUACAUGCUCAUCUUUAUAACAAGGGGGAAUAUAGCUCUGCUGCGUUGAGCUUGCAUGAAAGGGAAGAUGAGGUACCAACCACCACAGCCGUUGUAUUUUCAAAUUCACAAUCCCUUUCUCGAAGAACCAGGCAGUUAAAAGGUGAUAAUCAGUUUGGUAUUCAUGGAGAUGGAUCAUUUAGAGCGGGUUCUAUUGAUGGAGGUUCUUCUAUUGAUGGUCCGGACGAGGAGGGCAAUCCGGAAUUGCAUGAUGAAGCUACCUCAGAUGGGCAUUCAACAUCAGCUAGGGCCAAUGGUGAUGUCAAAGUUGUUCCUCAUCAAAUGCCAACAUGGCUUCAGCACUCCACUCCGGAUGAAUUUCUUGAAACAAUCAAGAAAAGUGAUGCGCCGCUUCAUGUCAAGUAUCUGCAGACUAUGGUUGAGUGCCUUUGCAUGCUUAGGAAAGUUGCAGCUGCUGGCGCUAUGAUAUGCCAAAGACUGCGACCUACUCUUCAUGAUAUUAUCACAUCCAAAAUUAAAACUCAUGCGGAAGUAGUUAAUUCCUCGAGGUCUGGCAUCGGUCAGGCUGCCAGAGCUGCUGCUGCUGGUCAACAUUCGAUAAAGGGACAGUUAGAAAGUUAUCAUUUGCCAAAACAGAAACGUCAGAAUGGAAUAUCAGUAGCUGGAACUCUAUUGGCAGCAAGCCCUGUCUCACCUGUGAUGGCACCUGCAGGGAAAGCACAGGCUGCGGCAAAAGACCUUCUGAAUUCUAUUUUGGAUGCUGUUGUUCGGAUAUUUGAGAACCAUGUUGUUGUUGGAGAGCUUUUAGAGUUAAAGUCAUCUCAACAAGCAGACAUGAAUACACCAAAAUCAAUGCAAACAGACAUAAACAUUAAUCCUGAUUCUGAAUCAUCUCAAGUUACUGGAGGCUACAGCAUUGGUUUUUCCUUGACAGUAUUACAGAGUGAAUGCCAGCAACUUAUUUGUGAGAUUCUGCGGGCAACUCCUGAAGCUGCAUCUGCAGAUGCUGCUGUACAAACAGCUAGAUUUGCGAGCAAGGCCCCUUCCAAAGAUAAGAGGGACAGUUCAGAGGAGGGUCUUACCUUUGCUUUUCGCUUCACUGAUGCUACUAUUUCCGUUCCCAACCAAGGGGUUGAUCUCAUUCGUCAAGGCUGGAGUAGAAAGGGCCCAAAUGUAUUACAAGAGGGUUAUGGGUCGGCCGCUGUCUUGCCUGAGCAAGGCAUAUAUCUAGCAGCAUCUGUAUACCGGCCCGUUAUUCAGUUUACAGAUAAGGUUGCUUCUAUGCUUCCUAAAAAGUAUUCCCAGCUAAGUAAUGAUGGUCUGCUGGCUUUUGUGGAGAACUUUGUGAAGGACCAUUUCUUACCAACGAUGUUUGUAGACUACAGAAAAGGCGUACAACAAGCUAUAUCAAGUCCGGCUGCAUUCCGACCAAGAGCUCAUGCUGCUGCCUCUUAUACUCCUUCAAUUGAGAAGGGUCGGCCCGUCUUACAGGGACUUCUGGCAAUAGAUUUUCUAGCAAAAGAGGUGCUUGGUUGGGCACAAGCUAUGCCUAAAUUUGCUGGUGACCUUGCAAAGUACGUUCAAACUUUUCUGGAGCGAACCUAUGAAAGAUGCCGGACCUCAUACAUGGAGGCUGUUCUGGAGAAGCAGAGUUACAUGCUUAUUGGCAGAUACGAUAUCGAGCAAUUGAUGCGACUUGAUCCUGCGAGUGCAUAUUUACCAAAUGCAUUUGGGCAGUCAAACAUGGAAACCCAUGCUUCCGAUGGUGAAAAUUAUGAGGUUGAACUUGAACUGAGUGAGUUAUUGUUGAACUUGCGGCCUAUUAAGCAGGAUAAUCUGAUUCGUGAUGACAACAAGCUGAUAUUGCUGGCUUCGCUCAGUGAUUCAUUGGAGUAUGUUGCAGAGUCUAUUGAAAGGCUUGGAGAAACAACUUUUAACGCUCCAAAUCAAAUAGAAGGUACUGGCCAGAACCGUCACAGACGAACAAGUAGUGCUCCUGCUAGGGACCUGGCAUCUUUUGUAGAUGAGUAUAGAAAAUUGGCAAUUGACUGCCUGAAGGUCUUACGUAUUGAGAUGCAAUUGGAGACGAUUUUCCAUAUGCAGGAAAUGACAAACAGGGAAUAUAUGGAAGACCAGGAUGCUGAAGAGCCAGAUGACUUCAUUAUUUCAUUGACUGCACAGAUAACGCGUAGGGAUGAGGAGAUGGCACCUUUUGUUUCAGCACUGAAGCGGAAUUACAUAUUUGGUGGGAUUUGUAGCGUUGCAGCAAAUGCCUCCGUCAGGGCUUUGGCUGAUAUGAAAUGCAUAAAUCUUUUUGGGGUUCAGCAGAUAUGUCGGAAUUCAAUUGCACUAGAACAGGCACUGGCUGCUAUCCCAGCAAUUAACAGUGAAGGUGUACAACAGAGACUGGAUCAUGUCCGAACGUACUAUGAGCUUCUAAACAUGCCGUUUGAGGCCCUACUUGCCUUCAUCACGGAGCAUGAGCACUUGUUUACAGCUGCCGAGUAUGCAAAUCUCAUUAAGGUCCAGGUACCUGGUAGGGAGAUUCCAGCAGAUGCAAAAGAUCGUGUAUCGGAGAUUCUAUCUCGUUAGUAUUUCCAAUCAAGAUUUUGGAUUUAUUAUUUGUUCAUCAAGAUUGAUUUGGGGAGAAAAGGGUCAACGCAGUUUCUUGUGUUGGCCAUUAUUUCUGAAAACUGCGGGAGCAGCAAACGCAGUUGCGAAAGCAAAUUUUGUGGAAGUUGCCACUCAGCGUGUUGUGGCAAGUUUUUUGUGGUACUGUUACUGAGGAGGGCAAAAUUGAUCUUUCGGUUUCUAUGAUUUGUUGAUGUGCAGUAACAAUUCUUUUGUGUAUCUGUGUCCCAUUGUGCAAAGCUCUCUUCUAUGAUUAAAAGAACCUGAAAGCCAAUGUAAAUUUUUGUGGUGGUGAAUAAUUUGUAAAUCAGUUGUAUUGAUUUUAAAGAGAAGUGAGCGGAGUUGGAUCAUAGUCUAGUUCAUAUUACAACUCCAUUCAUUUUUUGUCGAAUGGCACUUUCAAAUCUCCAUGAGAAAUAUUUUAGUGGACUGAAAUCAUGAUACAUUAUAAAUCUCCAUUAUGGACUACAAUCACUACAU